AUGCUUGUAGGUGAAGCAGGAUCAAAUUAUAUUCAGUCAGCAAGCCAGGAAAUCAUAAGCAUUAAGCAGAAGCAAACUCAUAAUCAGAAGCAGUACCUGACCCUUAUUGCAGAGAUCCAUCAUCCAAAAUCUGAACCUGCCCCAGUCGCCUUUUCCCCGCACCUGUAUCGCUGCUGCCUUUGCCGAAGUCUUGUAUCUUUAGCCAAUAUGCUGAUUCCCCAUCCACGCAACCUCCCCCAUCCGGCCGCCCACUCCAACCCCUUACCCCCGCCCCCCACCCGUGCCCGCGACCCCCGCCCCCCCCCCACCCCACCCCCGUACGACAACCAGCCCCACACCCCCCCUCGCCACGUCAAAUUCGCCCUCCCCUGCCCCUUUGGAGCCCUCUCCCACUAUGGAUCACUGCUCCGCAUUAGCCGACAUGCCCGCGGCUUGUACUUGCAGAGUUUCCGAGAACACGAAACACCCAUCAACGUAACCCUCAGCCUCGAAACUCCCAACACUAAAUCCCCAUUCACUAAACACCCAUCAGAAUUACCCAGUCAGCCCCACAAGAUCCAGUCCCAACCCUCCACCCCCACCACUACCACCCCGCCGCCGACAGACGACGGCCCCCCCUCGGCCCCCACCCCCGCUCCAGCAACAACCGCCGCCCUCGCCCACACCACUCCCACCCCGCCCCCAGAACCUCCAGCUCCAGCUCCAGCUGCAGGUAUCACCAGUACCUCCCCCCCUCACCGACCGAUAACGUACCAGCCACGCCUAACCCUACCAGCCACCUCCACAGCCAGGACCACGCCCCCCUCCCUGCUCGCGUCUGCAGCUCCAACAGCCACAUGA